AUGGGUUCGUACAGCGAAAGCGAAACAGCGCUUGGGGGAGCACGCUCGACCAUAAUAUCGACCAUCGACGGCGCCGACGCCGAGCUUCACAAGAUCAACAAAGCGCUCCACGGGAAUCCAGAACUAGGGUACGAGGAGCAUUUCGCUCACCAAACAAUCACAGAAUAUCUCUCAUCUCUUGGAUUCAACAGUAUAGAUCAGGUGGCCGUUUCGUCGUCAUCUGUCAUCAUCUGUGCUGAAUACGACGCGCUCCCAGGGACCGGUCACUCAUGCGGCCACGAAUUGAUCGCAACUUCUUCAAUUGCGACAUUUAUAGCUGCGGCAGAAGCUAUGAAGAAGCACAGCAUCGAGGGUCGGCUACGGAUACUUGGUGCCCCUGCUGAAGAAGGUGGAGGUGGAAAAGCGAAGCUUAUCGACGCUGGUACAUUUCCCAAAGAUACUUCCGCAGCCAUCAUGGCACAUCCAUUGGCUGCGCAUCAGUUCAAGACCGAGUUUCGGGGCAAGCCAGCUCAUGCAGCAGGCGAGCCUUGGGAUGGUGUCAAUGCACUUGGUGCAGCAGUAUCGGCAUAUUCUAACGUCGGUCUUCUGAGGCAGCAAAUGGAGCCGGACGAACGUGUGCACGGAGUUAUAGAGGCAGGGGGGACCGUACCCAACGUCAUCACCGACUAUACACGGAUGAACUGGAACGUUCGUAGCCCUACGAUGGAGUGGGCAGACAGACUGCUCGUUCGCGUCAAGAAUUGUAUCGAAGCAGCAGCCUUGGCUUCUGGUUGCGAACUGGAGUAUAUCACUUCACCCACUUACCUCAAUCUUCGGGCGAACAGAACGCUGUGCAAGCUGUACGCCCAAGGGAUGGAUACCCUUCGCAUCAAUAUCCAGAUCGAUCAGGAGAAGAUGAUGAAUGCCUCGACGGAUAUGGGCAAUGUCUCGCGCAUCAUACCCAUUUUCCACGGCGCAUUCGUUAUCCCCGCCAAGAACGAUGUGUCAGCUCACAAUCCAGCAUUUGCAGCCUUGGAUUGCGCGAAAGGAAUAGCAAUGCUCACUCUGAGGUUUUUGGUGGACGAAGGUGUUGCGAGGAGAGCAAAAGAAGACUUUGAAACGGACGAUGGGUAG